AUAUGUGAAACAUUUGUGCUAGUAAUAUUUGCCCUUAACGAGAGUCCCUUGUUGCAAAUCCCUUGUGAAAAUGAAGCCCAGACUCCCUGCUUCAAUUUCUGCUCUAAUGGCAGGUGAGUGUGCUGGAAUCUGCAAAGCCAUUUCCGGCCUCUUAACGGAAUCUCAAACAUUCAACGGCUUCGGUCGACGCCGCACCAGUUUCCAGUUCCAAAGAUUUAAGAGCUCAAAGGGUUUACUAUUUGAAGUCCAUAAUGAUGAUAAUGACUUCUCAGACCUGGGUCCUCCAGUAGAAAGAGCUUUUGGGCAGCUGAAAUUAGUGACGGAGAAGCGCGAUCCUUUUGGGAAACUUGAUAAUGGUAGAAAAGUAUCAUCUCGCAAGUCUCUCAGCAAAAGCAUGCAACAUGUAAAGGAAAACUUAACUCUUGAUGAACCUCAUCAAAGUGAGUAUGGUAAUGGUGAUGAUGCUUCUGGAUCGACUUAUAUAACUUCAGAUGCUGCUAGUAUGGAUGGUCGGAGGUCAAUCUCAGUUGGGAAUGUACCUUCUACCAUCAGCCUUUCUCAGCUUGUAGAAGCAGUUUCAGUCUUCGGAAAGUUCUGUGCUGCUUCAGUCAGGCAUCUGCCCGAUGGGCUUAACUGUUGGGACAUCCAAUUCGAGAGCUUAGAAUCCUGCAACAGAGCAGUUAGAGCUGGUGUGCUAACUGUUGGGAGUUAUCUUCUUCCAAUCCAACCCCCACGGGCUUCUAUGGUUGUUACUAUCAGGAUUGAGGACAUUUCCAAAGAUGCUUCCCUCAGUGAGAUGUACUCAAUCUGUAAAUCUGUUGGCACGACAGAAGGGUUGGCAUGGGUAAGCAAGGAUGGUAUAGAUGCCUUAUUUAUAGUUGAGAAUGACACAGAAUCGGAGUCGAUCCUCAAAAAGUUGAAUGAUACUAUUGUUGGUGGUCAUUGCCUAUCAGCUUCUGUACUACGUAGCAACUCAUCAUCUGCUUCCAUGUCUGAAAAUGAGGAUUCUAGAUGCAAGAUGGCUUUACGAAUUAACAACCUCUUGGCAGAACUCAAAAUGCAACUUAAGGAAAAGAAAGUGGAUUGGGAGGUGCUGAAAGUGCAUAUGGAGGAUGUUCAGAUGCUGCAUGAGGGGAUAAUGCACCUUGAAGAUCUGCCUUCCAUCAUUGAUACAUCUGACAAAUGAUUCUUGAUUUUCAAAACUUUUCUAUUCAAGAAUUUUCACUUGCUAAAAACAGGAUAACUCUCUUCAUUUCCCCUUCCUUCAAACCCUUCAUGUGCCUCCUCCUUGCCAUUGCUUUUAGCUGCUGAAACGAGCCUCUUUGCAGCCUGUCCCUCUCAUAAAGGAUUGGCUGUUCUACGUUUAGUACCAUUAUAUAUGCAUAGUGGUGCUGACAAAGUCAAAAUAUUCAAGGUGAUUUUUGCAAAUUAUCCCUAUAUGAAAUGUUUAGUUGAAUUUUCCCUUAUGCAUGUCACUUUAAUUUCUUAAUUUUCCGAUUUCAUUUCAUAUUUGUUGGACAGGAAAGCUUAACUAAGCUAUGCCUGAUUACUGAGUAUUAACGGACAUAGAUUUGUAUUCUUGCAUGAGAAGGUAAACAAGGUAUCCGUGCCUUCUCACUAAUGGCCAUUGUUGUUCUCUCUACAUUUUUACCACCUCAUUUCUGGUAACUGAAGCUUUUCCAUAACGCUUUGAACUUCUUAGCACUGGAUCUAGUUGUUUUUUCUAUUGAUUCAGUCCCAUAAGCAAUAGCAGGGAUGGCAGCAGAUUAUCUGACCUCUUUUUAUGCUUCUUUUGAGUUGAGGGUCUUUCGGAAACAGUCGUCCUACCUUGAUAGGAGUAAGGUCUGCAUACAUUUUAUCCUCCCCAGACCUCAUGUUGUGGGAUUUCAUUGGGUUGUUAUUGUUGUUGUUUCUGGUAACUGAAAAGGCCAUCUGGAGAAACCCUUUUAAAGAAGAUAUUGGUUGAUGAUU